CAGAAACAGACGCCAUCAGACGUCGCUCGCGAGCGGUUGUAACGGGAAAGCUUUUAGCUACAAAUAUCAAGUAUACGCCUCAAUUGCGCGCGUAACGGGAAAAUACGGAGCAGUAGAAGCGCAACAGCGCCUCCGAAAAAAAUCGUAGCGUUGAUGAAAAGUAGUUAUAAAAUCGCUAAAUGAAAGAGAAUGAGACCCAGUCGACAUUUCCCAAGAAGACCAUGUUGAUUGAGUGCAUUUCGCGUGACAUUCCCUGAGAGUUUCUUCAGUCAGUCUCAAAGAUAUAGUCAACCAGAAGAUAUAGUCUCCAGUCUUGGAGGAUAGCUCGGCUUGCCACUAAGUAGCCUAGAAGCCAAGUAGCAGCAGCACCACCCACCGAUUGCGAUUGUGGCUAAAUGAACUUCAAUCCGGCCAGUGUUGUAGCCGCCGCAGAAGCAGCCGCCCAUCAACAUCCGCACCAUCAGUAUCUGAGCCAUCAUCAGCAUCAGUUGCAUCACCACCCCACCGUGCCAAUUCCGGUCCCGCCCACUCAACAGCUGAUACCACUGCCCAGCGUUGGGGGCGGAGGCAGCAGCAACCAAGUGGGUGGCGGCGAUACCUCGCCCAAAAUCAUGGAGUGGACCAACGACGAUGCCCUCGAGCUGAUCGAGCAAUAUCGCUGCCAUACGGAGCUCUGGAAUCGGGCCGACCCGAAAUACAAGGAUAAACUGUGCCGGUUCCGGGCCUGGUCGGAGAUCGCCGAACGCUUCGGCUGCAGCAAGGCGGAGGUGGAGCGGAAGAUGAACGUCCUGCUGACCCAGUACCGGCGGGAGAAGCACAAAAUGUUUCUGAAAAUCUACCAGGGCAUCCAGCCCAAUCCGUCCAAGUGGUAUGCCUUCAAGCGGUUCGACUUCAUGGAGGCGGGCGGCGGCAGUAUGAGUGCCGGCGGUGGCGGUGGUCCCGGGUCAGGGGUCAACCCAUCUAGCGGUAAUCUUGUGCCAAAUCCCGUAUCAUCAUCAGCUGCCGCUGCUGCCCACAAUGGGCUGAAUGGCUUGGCAGCAGCAGCUGUGGCGGCGGCGGCCUAUGAAAGCGGUACGAUAGCGGCGGCGGGCAAUGGUGGCGCCCCCACUGGAGUGGGUGGCGGAGCACCCGGAUCCCAGAUGCAGCAUCGACGCAUCAAGGGCAAGGAACUGAAAUAUUUUGGAGCGAUGGGCCUCAAUAUACCCAUGCUGAUAGCGAGCCAAAGCCAGACACUGGACAGCUGGAACACGGCGGGUCAGUACUCUCCCCCGAUAUCCGGCUCGGGUGGCGGUGGAUCGGAUCGCGGAGGAAGCAGUGGCGGCGGUGGCGGCGUAGCACCGCCCCCCCAGCAGCUAAGAGUGCCCCUGCCCAUGAGCUAUCACAGUGGAGGAGGAGGAGGAGGCGGUGGAGGCGGAAGCAGUAGCAGCGAUUUCCAGCAGAGUCCUUUGAAAACCAUGGACACGUCGGAUAACGAGGACAACAACAACAGCAAGGAGGAUGUGGCGGCGGCGGCAGCUUUGGGCCAACUGGCAGCAAAAGUGGAAAGGAGAUCGCCGGCGGGAGGGGCAGGUCCUGGAGGUGGCAGUGUGGGCGGAGGCGGCGGUUCCAGUAGUCGGGAGGCCAACGAUCCAGCCAGCGAUUCCAUGAGAUCCGAGCGAGCGUUGAGUGAAACGGGCUCCAGUCCCAUACCAAAUACAAACAUGCACGAGGCGCACAAGAAUCACCUGCUGAAUAGUCCAGUCUCGGCCAGAGCUGUCACCCCGCGGCAGGCACACGAGCAGCUCCACCACCACACAUCCCACCCGCAUUCCCAUCCCCACCAGCAACAACAACAGCAGCAGCAGCAACAACAACAACAUCAACAUGGCCACGAGGAUUUGGACAUCAAGCAAGAGUUGGUGGACUAUUUUCAUGGCCAAGCCGGUGGUGUGGUGGGAGGAGGCGGCGCACCACCCCCACCACCCGAAUCGCAUCGUUCCUACAGCUCCGCCGGCGAGGAGAGCCGACUGCCGCUGGUGGACAUGGCCCAGGAUCUGCGGGUGGCCCAGGCCAAGGCCAAUUUUGGGGCCUUUGUCUUGCCGCCGCGCAACAGCGACCUAACCUCGUCCACAAUGCCCACAAUGCCUUUAAAUAUGCGAAAGCUAACCGAAGCCUCUAGUGCGGGACACAUGCUGAUGAAUUCGCUGUUGGGCUCCAGGGAGAGCAUGUCGGAUGGCGAGGACCCCGAUCCGGAUAAUGACGAAGCCACCGAAUCGGCCGCCAGUCCGGGCCACAUCAAGAGCAGCGUGUCGGCCCAGGCGGCGGUAACAUCGGCCUACUAUGCCGAGUCCUUGAAUCGCGACGACUGCGACUUCAUUGGUUCGAAUGUGGCGCUCAAGCUGCGGACGAUGGAUCGCACCCAGAGGAUCAUAGCGGAGAAGCUGAUAAGCGAGGUCCUGUACUACGGACAGUUCAAUGAGCUGGAACGCUCCGCCCGGAUUCAGCCCAAGUGACAGUGGCGCCUCAAGAAGUGGACGGCAGCGGGAGCGGGUGCGGGUGCGGGUCCAGGUGGGGUUAAUGGAACGGCGGGACUGGGUAUCGGUAUUGGACUGGGUGUCGGGAUGGGCUUGAACAAGAUCCGGCUAGGGGCACCACCCAGACUCGCCGUGCAACAUGGCAAAUGAAGAACUUGGAAGACACACACAAUUCCAUUUGUAGAAAGAAAAAAAAAUAGUCAAGCGAGAGAAUCAACUAAAACCAAUUAUACAGAAACAGUACAACUUAUUUUUAGUUCUGGCCACAGGAAGUCGGGGUCACCAACUCGGGGUCACCAACUUGUACAAAGCUUUGCAAACCAGGGGCGGCGUUACUUAGAAGGAGUUUCAUAAAGGUACUUAUAGACCAGAGAGGGCAGAGAUGGAUGUUUUUUUAACUAAAAUAAAUUCUAUUUAUUAUUUUUAAUCUGUUUUUAAUGGUUUUUAAUAUAUUUUAUCAUCCAUCUCGCCUGCGGAUUUAAAAAUACAACAUUUAACAUAAACCAAAGUUACUUUCUAUUCUGUUCGAAGGGCUGCUUGUUGUCCACAACUUCAAUAUUAAAGAUUAAAUAAAAUACAUAGAUACUAGAUAGGGUUAGAGUGGGUCUGGGCAAAUGGGGUCGCGACAUACCUGAGACAUCUAACAGAAUCUCAGUAUUACCUAAUAAAAUACACUUUACAUAGACCAUAGAUAACCGCUAAAUAGAAAACAAGGGGGAGAGGAGAAAACUAAGCAUUUGCCAUGUUUUAUAGCUACAUUAUAUUAGUCGAUUGUUUUAUUUUUUAUUUUUUUUUAAUAUUUUGUUUCUUUGAUGAGGCAUGAUGGAUCGUCCACUUCUAGGUGUUAUCUGAUUGCUGAUUUGUUCCGGCUCGAUAUACAAAUAGACCUCGCUCUAAAUCAUUAAAAAAAAAAAGUAAGCAAAAUUAUUGUAAAGACAAGGAAAAGCGGCUGCUAAAAAAUAAAAAGUCAAGCUCCCAACAAAGAGCUUGCAAAUACCUAUGUAUGUUUUUCUAUAUAUGUAUAUAUCUAUGUAUAUGGAUAUAUGUGUGUGUAUGUAAAUGGAUAAAAAUAAUAUAUAUAUAUAUAUCAUUGUACCUUAUUUUGAAACAAAGAUGUUUUCUUAGUCACAUAAGUCUGGUCGUCGAAAAGUCACCAAUCCAAUCCCAAAACCCAAAAACCAACAAAAAAGCAAAACCGCAAAACUUUAUACCUAUAUUAUACAAAAAAUACUGUCGUCACUAGUUCGUUAAAGAAACAACAAGCAACAAACAACAAAAAACUAAAAAGCAAAGCAAAACAUUGUACAUUUUCGUGUUUAUUUUUUUUUAGGUCCUAAUGAUUUUUGCAUAAUAUUUAAGUAGUUUUUAUUUUUAUAUGCAAAGCAAAGCAGAGCAAAAAAAAACACAGAAACAUUGAAUUAAUUUAUAUGAAUAUACAAUAUAUAUAUAUAUAUAAAUGUAUAUGUAUAUAUUAAAUUUAAAAAAAAAUAUGGGCAAAUUAGUUAGUCACAUAAACGAGAGAAAGAGAUAGAUGGUUACUUGAUGAUAAUGAAAUGCAGCUCGGCUUUUGCUGAUGCCUGUUUUUUUUAGCUCUAGUUUUUACCUUAGUCUAGAAAAGGAAAAUAAAGUCCAAACCUAAAAAAAACCAUAAAAGUCAAGUGUAAAAAUUUUUAAAUUGUAUGUGUAUAAAUUAAUUGUCUGUAAAAUUAGCGAGAAUUUGUUUGGCAUCGAUGUGCAAACGUGUGUGUGACUGCGUGUGGAAGGUUAAAAAAUUGGUUUUUCGUGAAUGUGUAAACAGCUGCUAAAAACGUAAAUAAAUGUGUGUACCUAUUUGUCUGACAAGCAUUGUAA